GUGAUGAUAACACUAUACCUAUAUGUUAAACCCCCCAUUGAAAGUAUUUUCAGCUUUGGUACCCUUGUCAGUACAAAUGUCUUUUCACAAUCCUUGCUCAGAUUGACAAGCUGUGAAUGAUUUCUUCCCUCUCUUUACAAGCCAAACACCCUUUCGGCCUUCGGAGUCUACAGUCACUCUGCAGAGUGCAACUAUUUCCCAAAUUGUGACCCACAAACCUGUGCUGCUUCACCCCCCUAAACCUGGCUUAUCAUGUUUUUCAUCCACUUUUUGGAGCAUGUUCUCACCCUCCAUCCAUCAUUCUUUGGCUCUCAUGUUAAAGAAUAUUUAACUCAGAAGCUGUUGGAUGAUGUGGAAGGCAUCUGCACUGGAGAUUAUUAUAUAGUUUGUGUGAUGGAUACAUACGACAUAUCUGAGGGACGGAUCAUCCCUGGUAGUGGUAUGGCAGAAUACACUAUUAUGUAUCGAGCAAUUGUGUGGAAACCCUUUAAGGGAGAAACAGUGGAUGCUAUUGUCACAUCUGUCAAGAAUCAAGGUAUUUUUGCAGAAGUUGGCCCUCUCACUGUCUUUGUAUCCAAGCAUUUAAUCCCUCCGGAGAUCAAGUGGGAUCCAGAUGCUACUCCCCCGCAGUAUACAGAUAAUGCGGACCAGGUAAUUGAGAAGGGUACUAACUUGAGGAUCAAAUUAAUCGGACUUCGAAAUGACGUCCGAAAUAUGUUUGCGAUUGGGAGCAUCAAGGAGGAUUAUCUUGGAACUUUGUAGUCUUUCUGAGGGAUCCUGCUCGGGAAAAUCACCAAAAUCGUAAAUGUUCAAAAAAAAGGUUUAACAGCGUGGGUCAGCCGGCCGUAUUCCUCCCAUCGACAACACGCGUACGGUCGUUGCCAAUCCAUUUCGGUAUCAUAGGAGAUCCCGGGGAACUUCGGCGACAGCAUAUUAACAAUCCAAUCUGUGAGCUGAAACGCAAAGUGCCUUAUGGAAGGAAGGCCGGAUUAUACCUGACAAAGACUAGUAUGAGAUGUUGUUCGAGGCCUGAAUCAUGGCACCCUUGAGUUUGUUUAUCCAUAAAGACAACAAACACUAUUACAGAUUUACUAGCAACAGGGAGGACCUAGAACCAAG